CUGGCCAAAGUUGGGAGUGCAUAACCAUGCGAAGGGCAGGUAUAGGGCUUCUUCCGAGGGUGGGAGGGAAAUAUUGUGUGAAGGCCGUAUCAUAAUAUUAUUAUCAUAUCACACCACCGCGGUUUUGCUACGGUAUUUUACUUUUCGAUGCUCAGUAUUGCUAAAGUAUCAUAGGACUUAGAGGCUAAUGAGAGUGGGUUUGCCUCAUUUACCCUUGACCCCCGGCGCAGCAGAAUAAUCACCACCACCUUUGAACGAGCAGGACGGACACAGCCAUGACGUAUAGGAGCUCGAGGAACAAAAAAACGAAAUUCAGGUACCGGUUGUGGCUUUCUCUAUACCUCAGCGAGUUCCGAUAAACCCUUGGGACCAAUUAACUGUCCCCUCAGUGGCCGUCCUUGGGCGCCCGAGCCUGGGAUAUCCAAUUAACUGAGGCCAUAACCGCCUCUUCCCGAAACGUGAUACUCUAUCCUCGGCUCCCGCCUCGCUCCCCGACAUUGCUGGCCCGGCUGGCCUGUAGGGCUAAUGGGAGGUUCAGAAUUGGGAGUGCUGUGACUUUUCGUGCCCGCCAUGUCGGCGAUGGUCAAUGCCGACGUGGUCCGUGGUGUGCUGCACCGUACUACCUGUUAAAACCCGCUUGAUGCGUCUGGAAUGCUUGCAAUAUUCACUCAUUUCUCUGGUUCCUCACGGGAGUCUGCACCCCUCUUCCUACCCCCCCCCUCCAACCCGACAAACUAGCGCUAACGACCAAAUGCUCUCCAACCUAUCUGUCCUAAUCACCGGACAUGGACACUGGGUGACUACUGGAUGAUCGGAGCCUUGGCCCUCCUCGUGGGGCGAGUGGUUGUGGUUCACUUGGUGAUCGUGAAUGGCACUAAUGACUUGCGUGGUAUCGGGGAGCUGGGUGGAGAGGAGGGGCGUAGGAGGGAGUUUGGGAGUAAGAUGAUACUCAUUGGGAGGACUUGUUAUGCUCUUUUUCUAUGGUUUUUGAAAUUUGGGAUCGUUUCGCUUUAUGAACGGAUUGCGCCCCAGUCGAAGGGCUAUCGGGUUCCGCUGAAGUGCCUCUCAACCGGGCAAGUAUAUCCUGAUCCAGGAGAAACGUGCCACUACUCCGAAAUCCAACUUUACACAUCAGGGGCCUGCAACAUAGUCACCGAUCUGAUCUUAAUGAUCUACCCUCUCCCAAUUAUAUUCCGCUCCCGUAUCCCCACCCGACGCAAACUCCAAAUCGGCGGCCUCUUCUCCCUUACCUUCUUUGCAAUUCUAGCCAGUACACUCCGGUUACCAUUCGUAAUGAGUAAUAACUCACGUCAGCGAUGGAGAGCUCUUUUUGCUUGGGUAGAGAUGCUGGUGGCCUGCUUCGUUGCAAACGCACCAGAUUUAUACAGGGCCAUUGGUGUGCGGGCGAAUGGCAGCUCCGGUACUAGAUCUUCUGGUGAGGGCGCCCCGGGGAGGUACUGGUUUACGGCGAACCGGAGGAGGGGGAUUAGAGGGAGGGGUGUAGCUCCUGCCCUUAGGGAGGAGGGGGAAAGUGAAGGUGUGUCGGGGGGGAGUUUGGAGUUGCUAUAAUUUAGGGGAAUGUGCGUAGUCUAGUUUGAUGAGGUCCAGUGUCACGAUAUUGGUCGAAUAAUCAUUCGGUGGCGGGUUUUUCCUGGGUGUUAUUUUUAUUUCAAUUUUAUUUUCCAUACCUGUACCUCUAUCGUGUUUGGCCUUUGGAGAUGAAUUUUGGGUUAUGGGGUUCGAAAGGAUAUGUGGAAGGGAAUGUGAUGUGUUGUGAUUUGCGGAAGUGUGCUGCUAUAUUGUAUCGCAUCAAUUGGAGGGCUUCGCCUCCCCCUAGUACAAGUACAGGUAUCAGGGAAGAGCUUUUCGUAUAAGACA